AUGGCCUGGCUACUCCAAACGCGAAGCGAAAUGAUCCGAACUCUUGCAGACAACAAUCAAGGUAUCCUCGACAACCUGCAAUGCGUCAGAGUACGCCCUUGCAUCUUGAACAUUCGAGACCACACAUUGCUUCUAGUGGAGCCGAGGGAUAGAGGAUUCUGGACUCUGAUUUCCGAUCAUAUGACGCCGGAGAAGGAAAACGGGGAAAGUAUACUUCAGCACAUGGUCUACGUGCUUUCCCAUGCGAUCAAAGAAGACCUUUUCCGAGAUUUACAAUUCCUGGUGGAGGCGGAAAAAGGCCCCGUGGCUGUGCUUUAUAAUGACGGCCGGGAACUCGAGAUUGGGGUGCUAAUGACUGUGGAUGGCUGUGCGGAUACGAAGAUAACGACCGUGGAUCUCUCCUUUCCGGACGACUUCGUUGACUCUAGAUGGAUGAGCGAAGAAGAGAGCGUCCAAUGCUUUGCUGAUCAAGCGCAGGGUGGGGACCUUUUCCUCGCCCGCGUGUGGCAGAGAUAUCAUAGAGCUAUGUCUCCCGAACCUGGGCCAAGCAGACACGGCAAUGUCGUCUUUGCCAUGAGCCAAGGGUGGCUCUAUAUUCAGGAGAUGAGACUGCAAGAGGCACUGACGGAAGGUGAGAUUGCUGUCUGCAAGGCUGAUGAUGGCCUAGUGGUCUGGGAUGGUGAUGCUAUUGAGAAGAGAAAGGUUCCAGAUGAUGUGCGGAUUUUAGGAGAGACUGAUAUGCUGGACAUGGACAUGAGCAGUGUGGUGGAAGGAGGGCGAUUGAGGAUCAGGUUCGCUAAGGGCGGAGAGGAAGGGAGAUCAGGAUUGGGCAAUGAAGAAGGGCUAUGA